UGAAAGCCAUCCGUAAGAACGAUGUUACGCGAAGCUCUACGCUGAUCCGUAUCACCUGGCGCGCUUGGAUGCCUCUACCGGGCCGCAACUGUCGGCGAUUCCGUGCUGCUCCAUCGGCCGGCGCGGUCGGUUGCCUAGUCGUCUCCGGAUUCACGGAAACAGCCCAGUUGCGGUAGGAGCAGCGUCGGCGAGUAAUAAAAAUAACAAGCUUCGCUUUGUAUCCCUUUCGGCGUCGUCGACAUGGCGGGUCGCGGAGCUAUCAAGUCCCAGCCGGGAUCGGCGGCCUGCUCCUACGAAGGUUUUGACAAGUUGACCAGCAGUACGUUGAAGAGGCACCCAAAGAUGGAAUUAAACAAAAAUGAACUCCUCAAGUUACUCAGCGUUCUAGAGGGGGAACUACAGGCUCGAGAAAUUGUGAUUGCCGUACUGAAGGCCGAGCAGGUGAAGCAGCUGCUGUACCCGCGCAAGGCUGGCACCAACGGGGCAGCAAGCAGCGACCCCUGGGCAGCCCUGCAGCGGGACGUGCUCAACGCCUUCGACAAGCGCUUCGACGUGACCUCGGUGCGAGCUCUACACGGCCUCCAACUGCACCACUUGGAGCAGCUCAUCGCGUUGCACCGGCGGGUCCAGGCUCGCAACCGGGAGGAACUCCGAGCUUUGGAACAGCGCUGUGCAAAGCUGUGCCGAGAGCUGGAGGAGGAGAGAGGAAAGCGCGCUCAAGACACGGCCCAGGGUGACAAUGUGACCUUUCUCUUAGAAAAGGAACGCGAGCACCUUCGACAUGAGGUGGACCUUGAGAGGCAGCAGAGCCACAGGCUUGAGAAAGAACUUCAGCAGGCAAAUGAGGCACUCGAAAUGGAACGAACUCGGCAGAAGCAGAUGGUGUUGCUCCUCCUGGCCGAACGGAAGCGGCUAAUCGUGCGGAUAAUCCAGGAACGGCAACGGGGGGACCAGCUCCUGCAGAGCUUAAAGGACGAAAAGGCCCGCUCUUCCGAAAUGGUGGAAGGCCUGGAAGAGGAGAGUAAACGAUCCCUCCAGAUGGAAGAGGAGCUGGAGCGGCAAGCAGCGGACUUUGAGAUGGAGCGGGAACGUUUCCAGACGCAGGUUGCAGAACUGAAGGCCCAGAAUGCCCAGCAGCAAGCGGAGUUGGAGCGGCUACGGCAGGAGGCCGAGCGCCUGGUUCCGCCCCCGGCACCAGCGCCCCUCGGAGAGGGGGUGCGCAGUGCCACCAUCAUCACCCCCGCCAGCGCACCCGCACCCACCGUCAGAGCAGCAGUUCCCACUCCGACCCCACCCAGAGGUGUAGCAGUGGUACCCAAGGUUCCGCCCUCCGCUACCAAAACCACACCUCCAACAGUGCCACAGGUGCCACCAAAGCCGACACCUGACCGAACGCUUGUCAAGAAGCCGGGAAUGCCGACGACACCCGGCACGCCCGGCAUAGCGUCGGCAACCGGGACGGUCUUGAGGCCCACCCCGCCUCCCGUGCCGCCCAACAAGCCCGUGCUCCAGCGCAAGGACCUGGGACCGAAACCCCCCGUUCCACCCCGCACAGUGCCGGACUCAGCAACUCAGGGUGGCGUGCAAAGGUGAUAAUUUGCUGGGACCGCGUUUCUCCUUUGCUACGUCCCCUCUAUUCCCACCUGUCCUGCCGCUCGGCGCAUACAGAACACAAGUGCAGCAGUGGGGCCCUGCUUCGGAAUGACUUCGCUUGUAGGUUUGGACGCUUCUGGCGGAUGCUUUGGGCCCCUCCCCAUCCUAUCCCCCCUUGCUGCCGCCGCUGUUGCUGCUGUCGCCGCUGCUUCCGCGCACCUUCAGUCUGGUCAUGUCGUCAUCGACGCUGCCGAUGACAAGAGCAGGUAGCUGCACGGACAAGUCUGUUAUCUCGAGAGUUCUGUGGCCUGAUCUAACGGGAAUGGUGUAGAAGGUGUGCAGAAUGUGAGUGUUAGGCUUGGUUGGCAUGGUUUCUCUGGUUGAAAUUGCAAACUGGUGACAACUUUUCUGGCUGAAUGGUUAGGUGUUUCCAGGAGGUUGAUACGUGGGCGGGGACAAUAGCCAAUAGGUAGCGUAGAUUCGAAUCUCUAAAACAGCUCUGUGUGAUGUCAUUGCUCCUGGCAACAUUAUGCUUUGCAUAGCAUUUUUCGAAUCUCUAAAGCAGCUCUGCGUGAGGUCACCGCUCCUGGCAACAUUAUGCUUUGCAUAGCAUUUUAAUUUGUGUUUGAGAAGGCACUGUGUCUCCAUAGUUGCAAUACAAUUACAUAGGAAGACUUUGAACAGCUCUUAUAAGAAUAAUAUGCGUGACUGUUAGUGUCAUCGAAAAAAUAAACCUUUUAUGACGAGUUAUAAACCAUGCGGGCUGUGGAGAUGCAUGCUCUGGUCAUGGGUGGUGCACCUCGCCGUGGCAUGCAGUUUGGAAUGCAAAUGGUUAAUGCAACCGCUUUCAAGAAGUCAGGGGGCUGUAAUAGGUUUUCUGUAUGUCAAGCAUUAUUUAAAAUCAUAAUUUGAGGCACUUUCAUUUUGUGCCAUGUUAACUUCCAUUGAUUUCAAGCAGCUAAAAUAUUGGCUUUCUGAUUCGAAGUAAAGUUAGGCCAGAUCUGGGAUGUUGUGCCUUCUUGGAGAAUAGGAAUUUUGAUUUGAGAAGAAACCACAGAAGCUGUUACAUCACUCUGCGGCAUCCUCAGUUCCGUAGCUUGUACUUAGCAUUGAUCUGAUGUUCUCAUGUAUCUGCUUUCCCACCAAACAAACACACAGAAAACUUCAAACCAUAAUGCGCCUGUCAAGCUCAAUUCAGUAAUCAACAUAAUCGUCACCUUAAAAAGCAGCAUUGGCUGUGGCAAUGUUUUCUGUUUACAUAGGCAGUGGUGGACUAUGUGUAACCAGAUGAUUCUUCUCAUGGAGAUAAAUCAGAGUUCAACCUGUCUGUACAUCGUUAAGGUUGUUCACAAAAUUUAGGGUACAAAUUUGCCAUUCAGCUAUUUUCUUCAGUCAUUCGAAAUUUUUUUAACAUUGGACAUCCAGCAAUCUGCUUUGAAGAACACUGAGAGAAAUAUAAUUGAAAGUUCGACUAGCAUUUGGUUGGCACCCGUGUCAAAGAAGUAAGCUGGACAAGUUAACACAGCAGGUGCAAUUGAAGCGAAACAGUAGUAUAAUCGGCUUUUAUGGGCUUUAACGUUGUCUAUGCCUUUUAAAGGGGCCCUGCAACACUCUUUCAAGUAGCCAUGUAAUGCAUCCACUGAAGGCGAGCUUAUUGCCUCACAAAUUCACCGCCACAAAAUUUUGCGAAUUCAUCCAGUACAAACGGAGUUGCAAAGAUUUGUAUCACGCUGUAAUUGCAUUCUCUCUUGCCUCGUCCCGAUGAAAGCGCUGGAAACUAAGCAGAGAGGGAUGGCACGAGGAAAAAAAGACGUCACGCGCACCGCGUGACCUUCAGCACUUUCCUUCUUUUUCUUCUUUUUUUUUUCCGAUUACACAGCUUUUAAGUGCAAUUGCGCGUGCAUGCGUGGGCAAGUUGCGAUUUUUCGUGGCGACCCUGUUACAAAUGAGCGCGCCAUGUUUAAAUCAGCCAAUGGCUGAUCCAACAACUUUUAUGCAAUGAUUUUGGGUAUCAUACGUCAUUUCACUAGAAAAGAGAAAGAGAUUUUUAGCUGAGUUUGAGAAUGCAAUGCGAAUUGCGAGCCGUGAGCUACGCUAUAAUAUUUGUCUUGCUAUCUAUAAUAUUUAUGUUCUCAGAAGCCUCGACUACUGAGUGACAGCGUUUUUUGACCAUGCUCAAAAAGUGUUGCAAGGCCCUUUAAGGUGUAAUUUUGCUGCAUCGUAGUAGUCAUGUUCAGUUGUGUGAAUUUCUUUAACGUUGACCAACUGGCACUUUGCUUCGAGUAACAGUUAAGAAAAGUUGAAUAGCAGGUUUGGUGUGUUGGUGUUUCUGUCAAGAAAAGCAUUUUACGAUAAUGAUGGGAGAACAAGCGUAACGUGCAACUGUAGUGUGUAAAGCGGGGUUGGUCGGUUGUUUAUUCGUCGUAAAGGCAGCACAUCAGGCAUGGGAACACAAGGCACAGGGCAGAUGCUCAGAUACUGCUGUGCUAUUUUUACAAGGAACGAACAAUCUCUAGUCUUAUUGCUUUUGUCCGCAUAAUUUACGGCUGUGGCAGCUUUAUUUCGUUUUCUGCCAAAGGCAGCUGCUAUGCAUGUAGUGCUAUUGACGUGCUGGCCCAGCGAUGUUCAAUUUUAAGAAAACUGCUAAUUGAUCAGUCCACUAUGGUUAGAAAACUUACUGUCGUAGAGCCAAGGGUUUAGUAGAAUAGGUUAUUCAAAAAGUUUCAGUGCAUGUACGAAUGGCUUGUUGUUGUAAGUGCAGACUACAAGCAUCGAAUAACGAUGCACUCGACCAGCGAGGAAUACCUGCUACGCUUUUCAUGGAGUCUUUGGGGGCAGGCCACAGCUGGUGUGGCAACACACCUCAUUGCAACCCUUUGCCUUUUUAGAAUUAUUUUGUUAUGUAAUGCCACGUAAAGAACGAAAACUUGCCUUCGUGCAGUAGUCACCGUUACACCAGGGAAGGUGCGUUUAGAUGCUGUAACCUCUUUUGGGGUGUCUACGUAUGGUUCACAUUGAGCAUUGUCCAAGUUCUACUUGCCAAUACUCCAUUGUAGAGAUGAUCCGCGCAUCAUACGUCUAGAUUCAUUGCUGGUGCACCUCUCACGUCGAGUACGUCUAGAUUAAUCGCAAAGCACGAUCUUUCGAGUCAAGUGUCGUGCGUUGGUUUGUCGCUGCGACCGACACCUGCAAUCAUGCUGCUGCUCUUCGACCACCAGGUUUUGUAAAUGUGUGUUUCCAAAGCUCAUUGCGAGUUACAUGAAUUUCGUGCCGCACGCAUUUGUAAAUCUGUAGCGAGAGUAUUACUGGUGAAAAAUAGAAAAAAACGAACUUGAGACGUUUUGCAGCUGUCAAAGAAAGAGGCGGUUCAGUUGCACGGAAGAGCCGUUAGACUAAUGGCAAUCCGUGACAGCUUUUGCGCGAGGAAUGAAAAUUAGGUGUGCGACAUUUAAUUUUACCCUGCCAAGACAGAGACGAAGGGUAGGUUGAGCUUGUGUGGUGUUGUGGAGAACAACCCUUGAAUGACGAGUCAUCAUAGCAUCAUUUUAUCUUACUCUGUAACUGCUUGUGUGUCACAUGAAGUGAGAAUGUAACGCCACUGUUUGAUAGGAUAUCCCAACUGUCUUGUUGAAGUGAGAGUUUUCUUUAUUGUACAUACGCUAGCUUAAUGCAGCGACGGUAGUUCUGCGUUGGCACUCGUUUAUAUUGUGAAAGUGUACCACUGGUGUGAGUGCGCAGCUGGCGCUGGAUUGCUGUGGCAUCACUUCAUUAUGAGCAUACUCGACUUUUUUUUGUGUGUGUGUUGUGAAAGAUUCGAAGUGAGCACUUGAACAGACAACUCCUUUUACAGGCAUUUCUUGUUUUGUUUAAGCAGUGUCUUAGCGCACUUGCACUGCUUGACAUGUCUCGGCAGAAGAAAAAAGAAACGCAUUUCUAGUGAACAACCUUGACUUUUGUGCAUUUUUCAAUGACACUGUAUGCUUACCAGAACAUAUUCAUGAUUAGGCGUCUACACCUGCGCCUUCAGUUUUACUGUAGAAGGAUUUCACUGUGCCGGUUGUUCAGUGGUGUUUUGCUGUUGAGGCCUAGUCGAGUGGAAGUGAUGAACAGCUCAUGGCAUGGUAAGGCCAUUGCCACGAGAAUUCGCCAGUCAGAAGCAACUACCAAAUGAAACAUCGUACUUCGGGGUCCCUCUAAGCACCUUCGCUUGUGCUACUCGCAUUAUCUAAGUUAUUUAUUGAGGCACCGCCCCUUUGCUGUACUGAUACACACCCAUCAAUCAACUACGAUAUGUGAUUGUGCGUUGUACAGGUACCGUUGCCAGCAGAGUUAUUAGGAACACCUAGUUGUAUUGUGUGUGCAUGUGUGCAGAAUGUAUCCUGGUGCACAUAAAGAGCAGAAGUUUUUUUUGUUAUUGUUUCUUUUUAUGGCGCAAGGUAUGAGACCGCCACAAUGGAAGUGACGUGGGCCAUGUCGCACACUUCGAGUUAGCAUACCACGUCGCCACGCUAACACCUUAAUUCUUGCCAGUUUUACAGCUAUGCACUUGCUGAGUGUCGGUGGAGCACACUGAUUGAUGUGAAUCAUUGCACCUAGCUUAAGACAAAGGUCCACUUAAAUGGACCUUGUCAGGGCUCUCGUAGAACGAGUCAUCUGUUCCGCAGACGGCACAAGCGUUCGUUCCACAUUAGUUUUUCUCGGGUUUCGUGCAGCGAAAUUGUGCUUAGUGGCUGGAAAGUAUCUGCAGCUGUACCAUGUACUUAAAACAGUGCCAAAUUAUUAUCGGCACUUGUCGUCUCUCAAAACGUGAUUUUCACUGUAGAACCUUGCACACCUCGCUGCACCUGUAAUUUCCCAGAAGUUUCUGUGGCUGGAAAGUCUUCCAACUUAGACCUCUUUAGCAAGAGACAAGGCGAUGAUUCUUGCAUGUCACCGGAGUCUCGGGUUCCGGUGCUCCGGUCGUUGCGUGCUGUUCCGUUUUAUAGCAAAUGAUCCCGUUACAAAAUGCGCCACUUUGAUAAGUAUGUGCACAAUAAUUUUCAUUGACGAAUUUUUCUAGCUUGGCAUUUGAGGCACGCAGCACCUGUCGGGUGUUGUCAGGUCGAUGGCCCUAGAUCACAGGUUUGUAGUUUGCUUUUAUUGUAAAUAUAUAUAUACAUGCUUAGUUGCUAAAACAGAUAAACACAACAUAAAAAAACAAGCUCCCGUGCAGCAAUGCAAUGCAAUGCACUAACGCACAGCCUUUCAGCUAGCCCAACCAAUGGAUUGCUUGACCUUAGCGUCUUAUGUUGUCUCGCUAACAAGCACUCUCGGUAGUUUAACAGCACAUACUACCAAAUGCGUAUGUUUCAGAUGCCUGUUAAGUUGGUUUGAGUCUGUGUAGACGCGUUGAAGCAUUAUCGAUUUUUAAUGGCAGCUCAGUGUAAAGGUUGAGUGCAGCUUUAAAAAAUUUUUCAGUAGUCGCGCAUCUUGCAGUCUCUGCACUGAACGCACUUCAGAAUGUUGCUAGUCAGCUCCUGUUGUGGGCACAAGCAUGUUUCGUGUCUUUUCAUCUUAAAUCAGUUUGGCAAUUUUAAACGUGCGCAGAGUGGUUUGCUGAGAAGUCACCCAAAGUACCUUCAUUAGCUGCAGCUGAAACAGAUUCUCAUAACAAGUUUGUUGCUCAGCAGCAGCUCAGUGUGAUUAUGUAGCGGCACUGAACUGCCAUAUCAGUGAGACUAAUUGUGAAGUGCACUACGGCAAGAGCCAGCACAAUAGGCAGCCGCAAACAGAGUGGGAAUAGGGCCACUGUUAACUGAAGUCCUGCAUCCAAUAUUUGAACCAUUCAGUUUCAUAGUACUAUAUGACGGUCGACGUCAUAAUUCAGCCAUCUUUAUAUGACCAUUCUGGCAGCAUUUAGGCCAUAACGUGCACAAGUGACUGUAAAACGAAUUUACAGUUGGUCCAGGCAUUGUAGCUUGGCGGUAGCCGUUAUUGAUCUUGUACGUGGCAAAAUUACGUGAGAACCUUUAAAGCAUCGAGGAAAUCUAAGCAAAUACAGAUUCUGAGCUUGCAUGAUUAAAAGGAGCUAAAGGUUUAUUUAAUCGAAAGAGAAUGUCUUCAUGCUACACCAAGUACUGAAUAGUAUAGUGUGUCUGCUAAGCUUUAGAAGAUUAAACACUUAAUUUUUGCAGUGUCAGUGCACUUCCACACUCUGCUUGGGGGUGACGUUGAAAAUUUAGAGUCGUUGGUGUCCCAAGUCACACGCACAAGAAUGUUAGACAAGUGUAUGCACUUUUAAUUUUGGCAGCGUUGUGUGAGUUUGGUUGGCAUCGGUCUUGUGGAAAUAAAUGCCUGAAUUAUUUACUACCAUACAUUGCAUCACCUGCACUUAAAUGAUAUGUGUAUUAAAAACUCAACGGUCAAGUUCUUUUUCAUGUUCUUGCCUGAUGGCCCAGGGCCAUUUUUUUCGCUGCUUUGUCCAUAUGCAUUUGCAAAUGUGUUCUUUCUUUUCUUUCUGCAAGUCAUUUACGGUCUUUGUAAAAAGAAACACGAUUUGCUUGUCAUUACAAGAAAAGGUAGCUCUGAAGUGUCUUUUUGUUCAGAGUUCCUUAAACGUAAAUGGUCUGUGCUGCUGAUGACUGUAUUCUGGAUCACUAUUUUUGUUUUCAAAGUUGCUUUUGUUUUGCUAAUUUUAAAGCGCUCAAAUUGGCGAGCGCUGGCCGCCAUUUCCGAAGUCUGCAUAAGAUGGACCUGUGCCAUAUCACUUGAGCGUCACGCUCUCGACAGUCCGUUAUUGCAUUUCUUUUGGUUUGCAAGUUGAAGAUAGCAAUAAAAAAAUUAUGUAAAAUAUUCC